AUGGCGAGCGGAAGCAAACCCCCCACAUGUCCCGCACCCAGUGGCUCCUCACCAGACACACAAAUGGGUGAGCAUCUCCGCCGUCAACUCCAGGAGGGCAAGCGUUCCGGACGAUACUGGUCCAUCACCACCAUGCCGCAACCCUUCGCAGCAUGGUCGCCUCUGCCCUCCCAUCAGGAGAAAGAAACACGUCCGUGCCACUGCUCGAUAAGCAGAGUCCACAAACUGCGGUGCGGACACUUGGUCGCUGUUGCCAGGGAAGCUGAGCAGUGCGCUCAGAACUGCGUAGGGUCUUCGGCCAUGAUGCCGGACCUAAUCCGCCUUCACACCUCCACACCGUCUCCCUCCAGCGAAGCCGAAGGAUAUAGCGAACCCCGCUCCUCACCAAAUGAGAUCUACGAGAACAACGUCCUCGCCCUGCGGCAAUACGCGGUAACCUUCCUCGGGGUGCGGGAAGAUAUACCACUUGACGAUCAACUACAAGCUGUUGCUCGCGCGAAUGCUCACCUUGCCAUUCUGAACCGGGUCAAUUUCAAACACCAGCUUAAUGAUCGCUUGGAUUUAGUAGGGGGAGAUUUCGGGUGUCAGGAGUGCCGCGUUGAGGGGCACAGGCCAUCAGUGCCCGUGUACCAUUACCGGAGGGAUCCAUGGCAUGUGAUCAUCCCUAUCCGCAAUGAGGAGGACCAAACCCUGGUUAGGAGGCUAAAGGACGGAACGACACCGUCGAGGCCUUCUAACAAGGGCCGAAACCACGUGCAGGCGGGAAGGGGUAGGGGAGGAAAGGCCCGAAGCUUCGACCGUUUGCUGGGGGGAAGAAUCACGAAGCAGAGAGUGGAAGAGAAAGAGAGGGUCCUCGGGAGGAUGAAGGAGGAGGAAUUGAUGGAGAGUUUGGAGGGGAUGGGAAUCGGGAGUGUGCUCACGGAGAACUCGAAGAUGGAGAAGUAA